AUGGCCUGUACAUCCGCUGGCUCCAACUUCAAUCCCUUCGGUAGAGCCUAUGGUGGACCAGGUAACACGGAACGCCAUGUCGGCGACUUAGGAAACUUCAAGACCGAUGCUGCUGGCAACUCCAAGGGGAUGAUGAAGGACCAUCUCGUCAAGUUGAUUGGCCUGGAAACGUACCUUAGUUAUUCACGCUGGUACGGAUGA